AUGUUGGGCUGGAUAGAAAAACGGCGUCCACGUUCAUACAUGCCCGUUGGCGACGUUGGCGAUCAUGAAGAGAAGUCUAGCCUGCGCAAAUAUCACCGCCUAUUCCAGAUUACUUUGUGCAUCGGACUCACUUUGAUCAGUCUUGGUCUCGGAUACUUUAUCAGAGGGGAUAGUGGUCAUCUAUCGCACAGGGAGAUAUUCGCCAACGGCGGUUUUAUCAAGAACCCCAGCAAUGAGUCGGCAGCAUUGGGCGUGUCAUUCUAUCACCAACUACACUGUCUCCACAUGCUCCAGUUACAAUAUUUCAAAACCAAACACGAACUCGCCAUAUUGCGAAACAACAGCGUCGAGAACACCUUGAUAGAUACUGUCGGACAACAGAACGUAGUCCACUUGGAGCAUUGCUUCGACUACAUGGUCCAAUCGAUACUAUGCGCUGCGGACACGAACCUCGAGCCCCCGGAUCCUAUUCUUGAUGAAACCAAUGGGUAUGGGUUUGAACGAAGUUGCAGAGACCACAAGGGUAUUCACAACUGGAUGGAGAGGCAUGAGUAUAAAACAUAA